UGACCCAAUAUAAAGAUAUAUUUUUUUGUUCAUUUGAUUAGUUUUUGUUGUUUGUUGUCUUGCUUUACAACUUUUAUGUAUAUAAGAAAGUCAGUUACAUGCAAUGACACUUUUUGGCCACCAAGGGGGGCUUGCCCCCCCCUAAACUCCGCUUAUGUCUCUAGGGUUGACUGAGUUUAAAAAGUUGGUAGUGAAUGAGUUAAAUGUAAAAAUUAUUAAAAUCCUCAGCUGUAUGUGUGUAUACUAGUAUGUAGAGACUUGUUUGUGAGUGGACGUGGAGAAGCCAAUGUGACAUUUUCUCAGCGGAGCCGUCCACUCGGUGAAUAUUCAUCCCAAAUCUGCCAUUCAUCCACCGUGACAAUAAACAAGGCGAGAGAGCGAAUGUGAAUGCCUGGAGGAGGAAGAGGAGGAGGAAGACGCCGGCCGGGGCCAAAUCACGACAAAAAGUGGGGGCAAACAGCCCGUUUCCAUGGUAACAAGUCCAGCCUUCCAAAGAAGAGGUUGGAGAGCUUCAUUCCUCGUUCUCCUUUUUUCUUUUUUUUUUCCCUGUCGGUUUUGCUCCGAAAGACAUGAUUGGGACAUUAUUGCGAAGGACAGGUAUCCGACCAACUUGAAUGGAAUAACAUCUAAAAAUGUCAGCAGCCAUGUGCUCGAGGAGCCACUCGGAGGUGAGUGGGAGCUUUGCGGGCAAGCAUGACUGCCAACAAAAGUCCAAAGGCUGUGCCUCAUGCAGGAGGGGGUAAAGCUCCACGGAACCCCCCUGACAGGUGCCAGUCUGCAUCUCCUUGUCCGGUUCUGUCUGGUGGCCAGGGUCCCAGCGCACCACCACUCCUUGGUGACGGAAAUAACUAUCAAAGACAAAGCAGGUACCUCAGGACAGACGGACGGUUUUUGGUACGUGCUGGCUGGAACAGCAAGACCGCAAGCUUUGUCAGUGGAUCAUCCCUCACAAACGAUAUUGAGUCACAAUGCCGUCUCACAAAGUCUAAAAGCAUCAGCUGUCUGGACAACCGUCUUUCGAUCUAUAAGCCUCAAACCAAGGAGUAUAGCGAAGGUGAGGACGCCCAGGACCAAAAGGAGAAUCAAGGGAGUGUUCCUCCAGCGGAGGGACUUAAUGGUAGACCCCUGAGUUGGAGUACACUUUCACUUGGGUCUCUCUCGAACCAAAGUCACAAGCGGACCCUUGCUAUCAACAGGCCAGUAACUGGUGUUUUUCCUAGCACAGUUCGCAAAAAGAUCUCAGAAUGGGAGUGCAGGAGGGUCUCUCUGCCUAGGAUGAGCUUGUGUCUGGAUAAAAGGCCAGGACGAGAGCGCAUCGGAGGCAGUGAGGGCUGCCCGAGCUUGCUCUCUUCCCCUUGUAGCGAGAAGACAUUUGACUUCAAGGGGAUUCGCAGGAUGAGCACAGCUUUCUCAGAAUGCUCCUACACCGAGACGGAGGAAGAGGAAGGAGCUUCCGAGAAAGAUGGCUUAGGCCGCUUCCAAAAACGGAUAAGCAAGACCGAGUCAUCUGGCGCAUUUGUACGCUCUCUCUCUGCUCGUAAGGAGACCUCGGCGGUCCUCAACAGGAUACAAAAGAUAGAGCAGGCCUUAAAGGAGAAUCCUAGCCCACCUUCUUCACGUUAUCUGAAUAACUGCUAUGCUUCAGACAAGACGAGACAAAAAUCUUUUGUGAUUGGUGACGACUUUGACAACACAUGCACCAGCAAGCGCAGCAGUGUUUGCUCUGUGGCCACGGAACCAGACACUCUUUUAAUGCCUGAUAAGUUGGCAAAACAUAGGCAAAGGUUCAGUGUGGCUUCAGUCAGAUCUGUGAGUCCGGAUCCGGCCAGCCAACAAACAUCUGCCGGACCUCCUAUCAACCCCUUACCUAAACCCAGGCGAACUUUUGAAUAUGAGGCCAAACGGGAGCAGAAGGUCACAUUGUCAGUGAAUGGACUACCUCUUGCAUGUGAUUCUCCCCCACCCUUGCCCUCGACCCCUGCGCCCAUCAAAAUGCGGACGGUGAAGCUGGUGGGCAGCACCUCCAACCCAGCACAGGACAGAGAGCCAAGUGAAUCGGAGGAUGCUACAAGUCUGCUGUCGUCACACCCCUCUUCGCCCGCAGAGAAUGGCACACUAACCACAGAGAUGCAGAGCCAACCCAAUUCCAAAUGCACUUUAGAGGAAAAUGCCUAUGAGGAUAUUAUAGAGAAGGAGAACCCAUAUGAGGAUGUUGACCUGAAGAGGAGGAGUUUGGUUCGGAAAACUUGUCAUUUGGAGAGCAGCAGAUCUUGGACUGCCAUAGACCGGAAAGAAAAUUCUCCACCUCAGUUGCCGUCCAAACCCAGCAGUCAGUCCCUUCGCCUCAUGAGCACCAACGACCGGAACAGUCACCGGGUGUCACAGUUGUCCAAACGCCACAGUCAUGAUGAAACUCUGUUCCUGCCCCAAAUGGGUGUAUCAACUUCCUCUUGUGGCCUGCUGGAUGAUAGCCUUUGCGGCACUGGCGAUAACCUGACCUCACACAGGCACUGGCGGAUCCCCAAGUUGGUCCAGAGAAUCAACUCCAUCUACUGCAGUAAACGUGGAAAGAAGAGACUUAAAAAGCUGUCCAUGACCAAUCUUGACGCCUCAUCUUUGAGAGAUGACAACAGCGAGAGUGAGAGCGACUCUGAUGACAGGUUCAAAGCUCACACUCAGAGGUUGUUGAAACUGCAAUCCAUCCUUCGACGGGCCCCCAGUUACCGCACGCUGGAGCUGCAGCUAAUUGAAUGGCAGGAGAGAGAACUUUUUGAGUAUUUCGUCGUUGUGUCUUUGAAAAAGAAACAGAGCAAGAACUCCUACUCACCGGAGGUCACUUACCAGUUCCCCAAGCUGGAGAGGCUCACCAAGCAGAUGCGAGAAGCAGAACAGAGGCUCAAAGCUAUUCCUCAGUUCUGUUUCCCCGAUGCAAAAGACUGGAAUCCUGUGUCGGAGUAUUCCAGUGAGACCUUCUCCUUCAUGUUGACCGGAGAAGAUGGCAGCAGGAGGUUCGGCUACUGCAGACGCUUGCUGCCGAGUGGGAAAGGGCCUCGCCUUCCUGAAGUCUACUGUGUCAUCAGCAGGCUCGGCUGUUUUGACUUGUUCUCUACUAUCUUGGAUGAGGUUGAGCGGCGGCGAGGUGUAUCAGCAGCGCUGGUCUAUCCCUUCAUGAGGAGCCUGAUGGAGUCACCCUUUCCUGCACCCGGAAAGCUAAUUAAAGUCAAGACCUUUCUGCCUGGCGCAGGAAAUGAGGUCAUUGAGCUGAGGCGGCCCACCGACUCCAGACUGGAGCAUGUGGACUUUGAUAGUCUGUUUGGGUGCCUCGGUGUUCGCCAGGUUAUUCGGGUCUUUGCCUCAUUGCUGCUGGAGCGCAGGGUCAUCUUUGUGGCUGAUAAACUCAGUAUGCUGUCCAGCUGCAUGCAUGCCGUGGUCGCACUGCUCUACCCUUUCUCCUGGCAACACACCUUCAUCCCUGUGCUGCCUGGGUCCAUGCUGGACAUUGUCUGCUGUCCCACUCCCUUCCUGGUGGGGCUGCUGUCUAGUUCCUUGCCAAAGCUCAAAGAGUUGCCUGUAGAAGAAGCGUUAAUGGUGGACCUCGGAACUGACCGUUUCAUCAGACAGAUGGAUGACGAGGCCUCGCUGUUGCCGCGGAAACUUCAAGCGGCUCUGGAACAAGCGUUGGAACAGAGGAAUGACAUCAUCAAUCAAGACUCAGACAGCGAGUCGGAUGAAGAGUAUAACUCUUUAAACAGUUUGGUGUCAGAGGCCUUUAUUCGCUUCUUCUUGGAAACCAUCGGCCACUACUCGCUGUUCAUCACCCAAAACGAACGUGGCGAGCGCCUCUUUCAAAGGGAAGCUUUCCGCAAGUCGGUGGCGUCCAAGAGUAUUCGACGCUUCCUGGGAGUUUUUAUGGAGUCGCAGAUGUUUGCGGGCUUCGUUCAAGAUCGAGAGCUGAGGAAGACCCGUGCCAAAGGUCUGUUUGAGCAGAGGGUGGAACAGUAUCUGGAAGAGUUGCCAGACACGGAGCAGAGUGGCGUUAACAAGUUCCUCAAAGGCCUUGGAAGCAAAAUGAAGUUUCUCCACAAGAAGAACUGAGCUGACAUUUUCCUGAUGUCCUGCAUCUUCAUCUUCGUUAUUUUGUGUGGACUUGUAAAUAUUUCACUGUGAGCUGGUCUUGAUCCUGGCCACUCUAUGAACUAUAGCCACGGCAGGAUGAUACACAGCAGGUUGUCCUCUUAAAAGCCACUGGUGUUCUUGUGUAGAGUGCACGAGACAUGACAAGGGCAUAAAAUGUACAGUUUGUAUGCUUCCGUGCCUCCUCAGUUCAAGAGUUGGAAUCUAUUCUCAAGUGUACAUGCGUCAAGAUGGUGAACUGUAAACACAUUUUGCAAUCUUUCAAUAAAUAAAUAACAAAAACAAACCAUCAUUAAAUGUUUUCAGAAAUGCAUCCUAUGCACAUUUAAAUUCAAUUUCUUCUCCAAGUCAUCAUUCACAUGUCACAAAGGAAGAGAAGCAAGUUACACUUAGCAUCCACUAAGGACACUGGAGAGAUCCCGUAAGGCCUGGUAAGUCUAACAACAGCUACGUUAACCUAAUUAUGUCUGCUCUCAUAACUGUUGGCUGUCACUGCCAUGCUCCCAUUAUUUCCCCAUUGACUCAAGUUGACAUGUUUCUUUUUCUGCGCUUGUCUGCAAUUAACUCUAAGCACAUGCACCGU